CAAAUAAUCAUUUUAUACUUGCAGAAACCUUAUUAGUGCUUGGUCUAUUUAUUGACGUCAAGAACCAGUGUCAUUUUACCAAGGACAAAAAGACUAUUAGUAAAUUUUGCUUCUGUUACAUUAUAACACUUUACAAGAAAGAAUGAAAGUUGAAAUAGAAAUCAUCUCCAAAGUGUCAAUCAAACCAUCUUCACCAACACCAAAUGACCUUCACCAUUACCAACUUUCAUAUCUUGACCAAAUUACUCCUAAUAUUUUGAUGCCCCUAGUUUUUUUCUAUCCAGCAGCCGUUAACGAUAACAUCACUAACACACACAGAUCAGAUCAACUCAAGAAAUCUCUAUCACAUGUCUUAACCAAAUUCUACCCUCUUAGCGGACGUCUAGUGGCCAACUCCCAUGUCAAUUGCAACGACGAGGGCAUACCAUAUGUAGAAGCUAUAGCCAAAUGCAAUCUCUCUGAGUUCCUUCUUGAUCCAGUUCCUAAUGAACUUAACAACUUCAUCCCUUGUGAUUUACAUGAUGUUAAAGAUAUCUGCUUACUAGUCCAAGCAAAUUUCUUUCAGUGUGGAGGAAUGGCUAUUGGUAUAGCCAUUUCUCAUAAGAUAGCUGAUGCAUUAUCAACUUUCAUGUUUAUCAAUACUUGGGGAGCUAUUGCUAGAGGGAAAACCAAUGUUCCUAGUCCAAUGUUCAAUUCUUCAAUACUAUUUCCUCCAAGAGAUACAUCAGAGUUAAAAUCAAGCAUCACAAUUGGGAAGGACAACAUUGUGACUAAAAGGUUUGUAUUCUCUGCUUCUAAAGUAUCAGCACUUAGGGAUAAGUAUACUGAAAAGGGCACCGAAAAUACGAGACCUCCCUCGAGGAUCGAAGCUUUAUCAGCUUUCUUAUGGACUCGUUUGAUGGCUAGUAUUCAUGAGAAAAGGGAUGAAAACAAGAUUUACGGUAUAGUCCAUACAGUGAACUUACGCAACAGAAGUAGUCCUCGAUUGCCUGAAUAUUUAUUCGGGAAUGUAAUGCAAGUAGUCGUUACAAUACCAGCUAUGGUUAAUAAUAGUACUGUUGAGGAACAAGGUUUUGAGCUAGUGAAAAAAGUGAGAGAAGGUAUAGAGAACAUAAAUAGUGAAUUCGUAUCGGAUCUUCAGAAGACUGAUGACAAGCACUUGAGUUUUAUCAAAGAGAAAGCAAGUGAGCAGAGGAAAGGUAGCUUAGUCUUGUUCAACUUCACUAGUUUGUGUAGAUUGCCUCUAUACAAAGCUGAUUUUGGUUGGGGAAAACCCAUAUGGGUGGGAUCAGCUAGCCUUGUUCUCAAGGAUGUUAUCGGUUUUCUAGACACAAAAUCAGGUAACGGUAUAGAAGCCUGGGUAAAUCUCAAAGAAGAAGACAUGGCUAUAUUUGAAGCUGACAAGGAGUUGCUUUCUUGGUGUAAUGAGUGAUCCUAAAAUUUAUAGGGUGGUAUUAUAUAGACGUUUACACAUACUGCUGCUUUUAGUCCCUUGAUAUGUUAUAAUCUCAAAAGUUUGUUUCUUAUAUUCCUUC